AUGGCUAAGAAUCGGACCCAGUAUCUCCUCCAUGGAAGCAACGAAUCAGCCGGUCCUGGUCCACUUUCUCCCUCUGCUCAAUCCAAUACGGAACUUUAAAAUUCCCAAUAUACCCUCCUUUCCAUAUCAGAUUUCCCUCUCCUCCCAAAUCUUCCAUGGCUUGACCCGAAAUCCCAACCCAAAUGGACUCUCAGCAAAGUCUUCCUCCACUCUCGACUCUAUCCACCUCAGCCUCCGCCAUCCUGAACUCUAAACUCGGCACCGACCACGACCUAACUCGAGCACCGAGUCUCGUUUCCUACUUGCUGACUCAGUGCGAUGAUCUGGACCGAGCCCUAAUCCACCUCAAUCGUACCCUCGAAUCAAGCUUAGCAUCUUACGCUUCCUUCUCCGAUCGCAUCGGCGACCUUUUCCGCGAUGUAAAUUCGAAGUUGACCGAUCUCGGAUGCUCCGUUUGUUCUCGGAGCUCCGUUUCAGAUGAGGAAGGAUUGGGAGAGGAGCUGCCGGCAUUGGCGAAGGAGGUGGCGAGGGUGGAAACGGUUAGAGCAUACGCGGAGAUAGCGUCAAAGCUUGAUAAUUUAGUUGGUGAUAUUGAAGAUGCUGUCUCUUCUACUAUGAACAAAAAUUUAAGAAACGAUCCUUCUACACGGAAUUCAGAAGAAUUACACCUGGUGGCUAUUAAAACACUUAAACUGACAGAAGACUUAUUAGGUUCAGUCACAAAGACACGCCCUCAAUGGGUACGUCUAGUCUCAGCUGUUGAUCACAGAGUAGAUCGAGCUCUAGCGAUAUUACGACCCCUGGCAAUUGCAGAUCAUCGGGCCCUUCUCACAUCCCUUAGAUGGCCACCACCCCUUUCUAAUUUGACUUCCUCAAGUUUGGAUACAAGGAAAUCAAAUGAGGUCCCAAAUCCUCUUUUUACGAUGCAAGGUAAUCUCAAGCACCAGUACUGUGAAAACUUUCUUGCCCUGUGCCACCUGCAGGAGUUGCAGAGACAAAGAAAAUCCCGGCAACUUGAGGGCCAUAAUCGGGAGGUUGCUCUUCACCAACCACUUUGGGCAAUAGAAGAGCUUGUCAAUCCUGUAUCUGUUGCAUCCCAACGCCAUUUUUCAAAAUGGAUUGAUAAGCCAGAAUUCAUUUUUGCUCUGGUGUAUAAAAUCACACGGGAUUAUGUUGAUUCUAUGGAUGAGUUAUUGCAACCAUUGGUUGAUGAAGCAAUGCUAACUGGGUACAGUUGUAGAGAAGAAUGGAUUUCAGCAAUGGUAGCCUCCUUAUCAACAUACUUGGCAAAAGAGAUAUUCCCCAUUUAUGCCGGUCAACUGGAGGAAGAGAGUAUGACUGGAAUUCGGUCACAGGCUAGGACAUCUUGGCUCCAUCUUGUUGACUUGAUGGUCUCUUUUGACAAAAGAAUAAAGUCUCUUGUAGAACAGUCUGGGAUCUUGCUUUCCCUUCAGGAAGAUGGGACCCUUCAGAUUUCAUCUCUAUCUGUCUUCUGUGAUCGACCUGAGUGGCUUGAUUUAUGGGCAGAAAUAGAGCUAGCUGAAACACUGGAGAAACUAAAAUCAGAGAUGGAUGAAGAAAAAAACUGGACUAAGAAAGUUCAAGGGGCAGUUCUCCCUAAUUCUGAUGAUUAUAAAUCUCCUGCAGUUGGCAGCAGCAUUUUUCGGUGUUUAUCAUCUUUGAUUGACAGAUGUCGAUCAUUGCCUACGGUUUCUUUGAGGUCAAGGUUUUUGAGAUUAGCUGGUACACCACUUGUAAAAAGGUUUUUGGAUUGCUUGCUUCUCAGAUGCCAAGAAGCUGAAGGGUUGACUGCCUUAACAGACGAUGAUGCCCUAAUCAAAGUGACAAACUCCAUUAAUGCAGCUCACUUUGCUGAAUCUAUUUUAAAAGAAUGGUGUGAGGAUGUUUUUUUCCUUGAGAUGGGAUUGGAGCAAGGUGAUCAACUUGGAGCAUCUGUUACUGAAAAUAGUGGUAGUGAGAUCCCAAUUGAAGAGUAUGGAAAUGGUAUUUUCCAUACGGAGAUUGUUAGGUUUGAGGAUUUCAGAACUGAGUGGGUUGAGAAGAUAUCAGUUGUUGUUUUGAGAGGGUUUGAUGCUCGAUGCAGAGAUUACAUUAAAAACAGGAGGCAAUGGCAGGAAAAGAGUGAAGGUUGGACGGUAUCCAAGACAUUGGUUGGGGCACUGGAUUAUUUGCAGGGGAAAAUGUCAGUAAUAGAAGAGAAUUUAAACAGGCUAGACUUUACUGGGAUCUGGAGGAGUCUGGCAGCCGGGGUGGAUCGAUUAAUUUUUAAUGGCAUUCUUAUUAGCAAUGUGAAGUUUCAUGAUAACGGAGUGGAGAGAUUUGGGUAUGAUUUGGAGGUCCUAUUUGGAGUUUUCAGGGCUUGGUGUUUGAGGCCUGAAGGUUUCUUCCCUAAAGCAAGUGAAGGCUUGAAGUUGUUGAAGAUGGAAAAGAAGCAACUUCAAGAUGCCCUGGCAGUUGGGGAGAAGUGGAUGAAGGACAAUGGAAUUAGGCAGUUGAGUGUAGCUGAGGUAGAAAAGAUCAGGAAGAACAGAGUGUUUACGAAGUAAAAGGCGUUUAAUUUUGGCUCACAUGGUAUCAUUGUAUCUGAGUAGACAGUGGACUUGGACAUAGAACAGAGAGGUUAGGUUUGUGUUUUACAUUGGCUCUUUACCUCUUGGAUUAACCCAUUUGUUUCAGAAAACAAUACAAUAAUAAAAAAUGAAAUUGUUUUGUUUAUUCUUAAGCACCGCUUGUUAUUAAUUGUAAAUGCAGAUUGAAACUUGUUGAGGUAUAUUACUAACUUUGUUGUAUGCAGCAGAUUGAUUGUUUUCUGUCUGCUGCUGCCUAAAUCAGGUUGUUGUAGAUCAUCAACAGACAACAGCAUUGCUAAGUUUGUUCUGUUUCAAUCUCCUUUUUCUUCUAUCAAUGAUAAUCCUGUUUAGCUUUGA